CAGCCAACAACCUUCAGCUGUGUGGUAUUUCUGCGGUGCAGAGUGUACAGCGUUGUUUAAAAUGUUACCAGCCCCGCUCAGAAAACAGGCGAAUUAAUUCAGUGCAUAGAACAAAGUGUGAGGUAUUUGAGGUACCGAAUAAUAAGGCCUUGGUGCCUGGUUGAGCUUUUUGCAGCUUGGUCUGAGGAAGAACUCAGGCUCCCCUUCUGUGUGGAAGCACAGUUGUAUCCAAAAAAACAAAAAUUUAAAAAAAAAAGUGUGCUGGCCGAGAGGUUUUUCUUGCUGUUGUCUGGGGAAGGCCCAUGAGCAUAUGCAAAACCCAACAGGACGGAGAGGCUAUUUGAGAAAGGGAAAAGCCUGAACUCAAGAAGAAUUUUCCAAUAAACAUUAAUUCCUCCUUACAGAAAUGCAAUAGAGGAGAAAAUAACCACGGGAAAAGUAAUAGCCAUAGAAAAAUGGUCACCAGGAGCCCAGUAAGGCGCCUGAUUUCCGAUACGCAUAAAGUGGCCGACCUGCAUCAUUCUCACCUGCAUCUUACACAACUGGAAAAACAGUAUUAUCAGUAAAGCUGAAGCAAUCUAAUUUAAUGCCAGUACACUGGAAAAGUACUGCAAUGAUCAACAAAGACAGCUGUUCAUCGAGAACAGGUUAUGAAAAAGCAUCCCAGUUGGCUGAGGGACCUCCGUCUCCCACCUCAGUAAACACAGGAGUAAGGAUGAGGGGUGUCGGUGAGCUCGGCUGCGAAGCUUGAGUUUACCACUUCCAUUCAGACAGCAGUUUAUUUUAAAGUUACCAAUUCAGAAUCUUCUAGUUCCUCUGUUGAAGUGAGUUGAAGUGACCACUGCACGACACAGAGAAGCAAGGUGAUUUACCCCAGAAGUGGACUGCUCUCUUCCAUAGCUGAUAGUAGGUGUCUCAGAGUUGGUGCUUUGAUAUUGUAGUUUUUAAUGGAAAUCUCCUGCCCUCAUACUGAGAAUAAUCUGUAGUAGCAGACAAAGGUAUUGGCUUCAGAGAUAGACCCAAAUCUAUACAAUACUGUAUAAUCUUCUUAGGGUUGCAGGUAUUAAACUGGAUUGGCUAUUCCUUCAGUAAUAUGUCCUUCACAACUGACCCUCUCUUGUAUUAGAACUCUGUUGCAGAGGCAUAGUGAAAAUGGGAUCAUUUUCAUCUGCCUCUCUCUGCACCAGCAUCUCCCAAACGGCUGUUAAGUGUCAAAGAAGUUUCCAGCACUACGUUCAACCACUGGUAUUUCUCAUCCUUUUGGACAGCAUCUUUGUAAGGAUUCUACACUUUGUGUCGUGCAGUUUCACUCCUGAUGCUUAAGAUCAGUUAGCAGCUCCAAUGGUGGAUAUAAGUGCACGUUGCUGAUCAAGAGAAGUCUUCAGUGGCUUCUGGACACAGACCUGAUUUUUGAACCUUUAGGAAAUGCAUUUACCACGGAGAAGGCGGCUACAACGGAACCGAAUCUUUUUCUUGCUUGCCAUAGUGUUGCUCCUCUCUGUCUACCAGCUCCAGUUCAGCCCCCCUCCCCUUCCAGCACCGCACACAGCACCCCAACCCAAGGACCCUGUGAAAGUGACCUCCAGGGACCUCGCCAGCAACAAGACUGCCGUAACAGGCAACGUCACAGCAGCACCCAAAAUAAGGCACUGUGUGUAUGUGGAUCCUGAGCCAACUGUGCCCAUCACUACAUCAGUGGGUACAACACCACAGCGAGAAAAUGUCAGUGAAAGCUACCCAGAUGAAAAGCCAGCAUACGAGUCCAAAGGAGAAUAUCCCCAGGACCUAUUCAGUGUGGAAGAACGCAGGCAAGGGUGGGUUGUACUUCACAUCUUUGGCAUGAUGUAUGUAUUUGUGGCCUUGGCCAUAGUGUGUGAUGAGUAUUUUGUCCCUGCUUUGGGAGUGAUCACAGAGAAGUUGCAGAUCUCUGAAGAUGUGGCUGGAGCCACCUUCAUGGCAGCAGGUGGAUCAGCACCAGAACUCUUCACCUCCCUCAUAGGUGUCUUCAUCUCACACAGCAAUGUGGGCAUCGGUACCAUUGUGGGCUCAGCAGUGUUUAAUAUCCUCUUUGUCAUUGGCACCUGUGCCCUCUUCUCAAGGGAGAUACUACACCUGACAUGGUGGCCUUUAUUUAGAGACAUCUCAUUCUACAUUGUAGACUUACUGAUGCUCAUCCUGUUUUUCCUAGACAGUGUCAUUGAUUGGUGGGAAAGCCUCCUUUUACUGACUGCCUAUGCCACAUAUGUGUUCACUAUGAAACACAACGUGUACCUAGAGCAAUGGGUGAAGCAGGAGCUGAACAAGAAGCUAAAUGCUGUGCAGGCAGCAUCAGCAGAGCAUAUGCGGAAGAAAAGCAGUGGGGCAGUUGCAGAUGAUGGAACAAAGAAGCCAGCAGACGGAAAGAAGCUGCAGCCUACAUCGGCCUUACAGCGAGGCAGCAGCUCAGCCUCCCUGCACAACUCUCAAAUGCGCAGCACCAUCUUCCAACUCAUGAUCCACACCCUGGACCCCCUGGCAGGAGCAAAAUUUAAAGAUAGGGUUGACAUCCUGAGCAACAUAGCCAAAGCCAAGGUGGACUCUCUGGCUGGGCAAGGAUCAAAAUCAGAAGCAGAAGAGGACAAGCAGGCACAAUUACCGAAGACCGUUCAGGUAACUCCUGCCAGUGACUCUGAACCCAGCAAAGACAAACAGAAGGCGGACGCACCACAGGAUGGGCAGCCCUCUUCGGACAGCGAUAACUCAGAAGACAGCAGCUCUGAGAGUGAGGAUGACAGCGAUGAUGACAGCACAGACGAUGAAGAAAACGAUGAGCCAUUAUCUCUCGAAUGGCCAGAAACUAGGAAAAAACAAGCAAUUUACCUUUUCCUCUUUCCCAUUGUCUUCCCUCUCUGGAGCACUAUGCCUGAUGUUAGAAACCCGGAUUCAAAGAAAUUCUUUGUCAUCACGUUUUUCGGAUCCAUCAUCUGGAUUGCAGUAUUCUCCUACCUUAUGGUGUGGUGGGCUCAUCAGGUUGGUGAAACAAUUGGAAUAUCGGAGGAAAUUAUGGGGUUAACCAUACUGGCAGCAGGAACAUCAAUCCCUGACCUUAUCACCAGUGUCAUUGUCGCACGGAAAGGCUUAGGAGACAUGGCUGUCUCCAGCUCUGUAGGCAGCAAUAUCUUUGAUAUCACUGUUGGCUUGCCAGUUCCUUGGUUUCUUUAUUCAGUCUUCAACGGAUUCAGUCCAGUUGCAGUUAGUAGCAAUGGUUUGUUUUGUGCAAUUGUUCUCCUUUUUCUGAUGCUCCUAUUUGUGAUCAUCUCAAUUGCUGCGUGUAGGUGGAAAAUGAACAAAAUACUUGGGCUCACUAUGUUUGCUCUUUACUUCGUGUUUUUAAUCAUCAGCGUGAUGUUAGAAGACAGGAUAAUAUCCUGCCCAGUAUCUGUAUGACAUCUGGACACUUCAAUGUGUGUGUAAGCAUACAUCUAAAAAUCAAAAGGGGUUCAAGGUAGCUAUUGUUCUACUGAAUCAAAGCAACCUGAAUUAUAACGAAUUUACUGAGAU